CAAACAGCAUCUCUAAGACACCAACUUCCAAAAAUGCAGCAAGAGGCUGAGCUGCUUAGGUCUGUGUGGGAGGAGAGAGGGGGGAAAGAGAAGAAGAAGCAGAGAGCCUGGGAGAAGGAGCAAAAGCAAAGCCUGGCUGGGACUCUGAUGCAGGAGGUCAAGAAGGUGCUUAAGGUGGAAGUAGAAGAGAUAAAAGCCUGCAGAGAGAAAGCCUCAGUGUCUCAGAAAGGCCCGGAGACACAAACGAAGCUUCUGCAAGUGGAGGAUGCCAUCACGGAUAUGAAAAAGCAGCUCUGUCACCUGCAGGCCUCUCUGAAACCAGUACAGGACUGUGCUGAGCAAAAACACACAAGUCAAGCUCCUCACAUUCACAGGAAAGGGGAGGCAGAGAGACAGCAACCAGAUGAAAGUUUGGAAAAGGCGGUGAGCGACCAGGGCGAUUCAGCCGCUGUUGGAGAGCCUGAGAAGACCUCUGCCUCAGAGGCAAAACAAACCGAACCACAGGCGACCUCAGGUGGGCUCCUGGUGACCCUUCAGAGGAUCGAAGCGAUGGUCAGCAGUGCCCUCGGGAUGGCUGAGCUGGUGAGGCAAAGUGAACAGAAAGUGAGCCAAGUGAGAGAAAAGAUGGGGAGCAUCACCCAGAAGGUGGAGGAGGCUAUGGGCCGAGCAGAUUCCACCGCUGAGUCGCUGGAGAUAAGGAAGCAACAUCCUUCUGAGAUACCCAAAAAUGAACCUUGUGGAACCAGUUUCCUUCAGCUUGUUGGCCAGUUGCUUGCUAUGCAACCUAAAAAGGAGUCCUCAGGUCUUAGGCAGCCCGAUCAUCCUGAAACAGGUGCAAUAAGCUUCCUAGUUCCUGCUGGAUCUGAAAAGGAAGACGGUACAGAACUUCCUGUUUCAUCUCCUGCUGUCCCAGAAGUCCCAGAGCCUCCUCAGCUGCCCAUGAAUGGUAUGGUGACUGCCUCAGAUAAAUACAUUGAUGCUGUUAUCGUGGUGAAGCAGGACGAGGCAGCAGCUGGGAGGUAA